AUGACGUGUAGGAGGGAUUGGUUUCACAUGUUUCAAGAGCUGACUUCGGGACAAGUUCUUCUUAGUAAUGAUUGUGAGGUUGGAGUGCAAGGGAUUAGUACAAUCAACAUCAAAGCUUAUGGAGGUUCUAUUAAGACACUCACGAAUUUCAGGUAUAUUCCGGAAUUACAAAGGAACCUGAUAUCUACUGGAACCUUGUAUUUAUCAGGCUUUGAACAUAGUGGUAUCCAUGGAAAGACUAGGUUUUACAAGAAUGGUAAACUAGUUCUUCAGGGAACCUUAUCUGGGUCAUUGUACCAGUUAGAUGGUGAGAAGUUUGAAAACUUCUGCAAGCACCAUGGAAUCAAGAGACAUAGGACUUGCGCAUUUACACCACAACAAAACGGUGUAGCAGAACAUAUUAACAUGACUCUGAUGGAGAAUGUGAGAUGCUUUCUGGUUGAGUCGGGCCUAGAGGAACAACUAUGGGCUGAAACAGUGUCUAUGUCAGCGUAUGUGACAAACAUGAGUCCAUCUUCUACAAUAGAUGGGAGCAUUCUGGUUGGAUAA